AAUAAAGGUUAGUGUCUUAAGAUUGAUGGAGGUAAAUGCAAUAACAUUUGUAAGUAGAGGUUUUGAAUAAACGAAUGGCCCCCAUAAUUACUGGAUUAGUACCAAAUAUUUUUGAAAAACAGGUUUAGUUGAGUACUUACAAAGAAACCACGGAGAGCAAAUCGAACCAAUUUUGCGUAAAUAUGCGGUCAUGAUCUCAACUAAACUGCGUCCUGUUCGUUUUUCAUUUACUCUCUUUUAAUCUCAGGUCAGAAAUCAUCUAAUUUGAUCAACUGUUUUGAUUGAAAUAAGAGGGUUAAAGCAUUUUUUGGAGUUUGAAUAUCAUGAAUUUCAGAAAAGGGAACAUGGUGGAGGUUUUAAGAAGAGAAGACGAUGAUGAUCCAUGUGGCUCUUGGUUUACUGGUAAAAUCGUUUCAGCCAGUGGCGAAAACCAUGUUGUUAGGUACAAACUUCUUAUGGACCACAAAGAAAAACAAGUGGUGGAGAAGGUGCAAAGGAAGGAUGUUAGACCCUUACCUCCAAGUGUAAAUGGGAAGAGUUGGGCAGUCGGCGAUGUGGCCGAAGUGUUUGAUAUCAGGUGUUGGAAGGCCGGAAAGGUCGCAAAGGUGUUGAAGAACAACCAUCGAUUCAUUGUGAAGUUGUUCGGGUCAAUCCAACUUAAGGAAUUUCAUGCAUCGAGUUUAAGGAUUAGGCAGUCUUGGGAUGGCAAGAAGUGGAUGGCGAUUGGGAAGGUUGCUAAGUGUAAAGACUUGACCAGGAAUCGUACACUGAAAUUUCCAUACCGUUCUGGUGGCUUUCUUUUCAGGACAUCAUUGCAUUUAAGCGAAACCCCUCGAUACAGAGAGGGGAUGCAUAAGGAUGAGGCUGAUAAUUUGACCGUGUGUAUGUCCAUGAGAGCCACAAGUAAAGGCCACGACCGUCAAUCUAAAGGAAUCAAAUUAAACCCGAUCAUCGGAGGAAGCCUCAGGAAAAGGAAAUCCCCACAUUGGUCUAGAGGCUGGAUUGAUAAAACUCUGAGGAGAACAUGUCCUCUGUUUAACCAGGUAGAUGAUAUUUCUUUCCCACAUGUAGGGGUUGAUGAAAAAGACAUUAAGCGAUCAAUUAACAGGAAUAACAGAAUGGAAAACGCACCUAGUUUCUGUUCAUAUGAUUCUUGGAGACCUGUUUUGUCUGCUGAAGAUAGUGACCAAUGCUCGGUUGCUAGCUGUAGUUCUAACCACGUUGCUGACUAUGCCAGCCAAAUUUCACGAAGAACAUUAGAAAACACACCUGAUAAUUCUGAGGCUGAGUCAUCAUUCCCUUAUUCGUGCGACAAAAGGGACCAACCCUCGUCCUCGGUUUCUGAUAAAGUUUUCGAUAUCCAUGGACUUGAGCUCCGUGCUUACAAGUCGACAGUCAAGGCUUUGUAUGCUUCGGGUCCUUUAACUUGGGGACAAGAGUUCCUGUUAACAAAUCUCCGCCUCUCCCUUAACAUUUCCGACGAGGAACACCUACUCCAGCUGAGGAACCUUUUGUCUGAUCAAGUUCUGUGAUUUCGGUAUGUCUGCUAUCGUUUGAGGCCAACCGCUCGGAAAAUGACAGUUUUGAGUUGAGAUCUGUGGGGCAAUUGCAGCAAAAUCUCCUGCAGGCGCCACCUUAUGACCUUAACCUUCCUAGACGUGUAAAUUAUUUCCAGGAAUUGAGUUUUACUUCUUGAUGCUUAGAACCCAAUAACAGGAAUUCAUGUCUCAUAAAAUGAUUUGACUGAAUAAAUUUCAGUAGAUUUUUAUUUUUGUGA